AUGAACGGGGGCGGCGGCGUCGCGCGGCGCGGCGCGCACCUCUUCGGGGAAAACGUGUCGCGGACCGGGGCCUACCUCCGGGACGUUCGAGGCAUCGCCGACGGCUACGCGCCGUCCCUCUACUGCCACGCGCGGGACUCCGUGGUCUGGUCGGAGGCGUUCCUGGCGACGCUCAAGCCGUACGAGCGGCUCAAGCUCCACACGCGGCGCGUCGACAAGAAGCUCAUCCCCUUUUACGUCGACCGGUUCCCGACGGGCGCGGCUUUGUUCAGGGACCACUUCGAGUGCUUCCUCGUGCCCGACCUGGACGAAUGGUUCGGCUUCCAUACGCUCCCGUCGCGCCACGCCGCCGACGUCGGCGUCGAGAGCUUGCUCGCGCCCGUGCGCGACCGCCUCGAGGAACUGGUCGUCGAGAUCACAAACAGGCGCGACGGCCUGCGGUCGGUCGGCGGGGACUCCUUCCGCGACGUCACGACUGCCGUCGACGCGCACCGCCAAACUCUAGCCGCCCUCAACGCCACGGUCCAGGCCAUGGACGCGGACCUGGGGGCGGUAGAAACGCGCGUCGACGAAGCGUUCGCGUGGCCCGCGAUCGCGGAGGCGUACCACGCCGUGGACCGCGGAGGCUUCGUCGGCACCUGCGGCACGGCGGACCGGCCCCCGAAGCUCCGCGUCGCCAUCCACGUGCGCCUCGGGGACCUCAAGGCGAACGACCGGGGCGCGCGCGACGCCGCGGAAGCGCUCCGCGCGUCCCUCCGCGUCGCCGCGGACCUCCAGCACCGCGAAGCGGCGACGAAGGGCAGGGUCCACGUCCUCGUCGUCAGCGACUCGUCCGCGGCGGAGAUCGUCGCGGCCCUCGCGCGCGCGCCGUCGAGGCGCCAGCGGCCCGUCGCCGUCGAGCGCCCCGCGCGGCGCUGGAGCGACGGCGUGUCGCACUUCGAGGAGGCGGCGACGUCCGGCCUCCGGCCCGGGGAUUUGACGUUGACCUUCCUCGGCGCGGGCAACCCGCUCGUCGCCCUCGACUGCCUCGCGUCCGCGAACGUCGUGCUGAGUCCCUGCGUGACGCCGGACCCGCUCUUCUCGCUCCCGACGAACGACAACAC